GAUAUCACUAUUCCCAGAGUCCACAGUGCACUAACUGGAUAUAAUACAUUUUGUCAUACCAAGAACAGUAGCAAAACAGACGCAGGAUUGUAUAUCGUUUCCUUCACCUGGGAUGGUUCUUUGCAUGAGACAAGUGUGACCCAGACACAGACAUUAUUAAGUUCUGAGUCAAAGUAGUACAGGCCCCCGAUGCACACAGCAACAAGGAGUCAUCUACAGGUGAUUCAACAGGAUGUGACAUAAGCUGGGUUAUCUAAUGAAACUGUCAGUGGACACUGAUCACUCCCCCUUACAGCAGCAGCCGAGGAUUAAGUCACUUACCCUCAAGGACUGAAUGUAUUCACUCAAGGGAAAGUCAAUCCAUCUUUGAUUGUCAGGUCAUUCCAGCCCUACAACUGUGAGAUUAAGAACCAUUUAGACAUGUAUGCCUAUUAUAGAAGCAUGUCCAUACCAGCCACCCCAGGGGGGAGGUUAGGAUCGCUAACUUUUAUCCUGGCCCAGUGUCUCCACAUAGCAGGGACAGCAUCGCCAUAUUGGAGUCGGGAUGAAGGUUUCCACUCGGGCAUCUGGAAAGACUGCUAUAAGGGAAAAUGUACCUCUUUCUACGACGAAAAUAUGAUAGAUACAUGGCAAUGGCUGCGGGCAGUGCAAGCAAUGGCUGUCCUGGGAGUUAUCAUUGCCUUAUUUGGAAUUAUCACUUCCAUCGUGCAUCUUCGUACCGGUAACAAGAGUCUUCUGACCAUUGCAGCCUUGUCGGCAAUAGGAGCUGGCAUACUUGUGGUGCUGGGUGCUGUCAUCUACGUGGCUUUCAACGACUCCAGCGGUCUCUACUGGGCCUUCUGGUUUGAGGUGUCCGCCAGUGUCAUAAUGCUGUUCUCAGGGGUAGGACUGUUCACAGAACUGUGCAGAGGAUAGCAGUGAAGUGGGAACUCACACUUCCCAGGACACACAUGACAUUCUCUUUCGGGAUGUAGCUGCAAACCUUAUUUUCUGAGAAAAUUCAAUGCGUUUCUGUUGGUGAUGUAUUCGAAUAGUGAUCGCUGAAACAUUUGGUAAAUAGUCCGUCUGAUUUGUAAAGUAUACGAAUUCAAAACUGCCCUACGACAGAAAGAGUUUCCCUUAUAUUCCACACGCUUGAACGGGAUGACCACUCCACAUCAACAAUCAAAGGGUGUAACACAGGCACUAUGUUGGAAAUGAACCGAACAAUUUAACCCUAUCGAUAUUUGAUCAUAUUUUAAAACGAUUGAAACGAUGCAUUUUUUGGCAUUCUGUUUGACGUAUUUUACAAGAGUCGAAUGAGUACGACGCCAAACACGCACAAGCACUUCCCUUGGCUAGCAAACAUUAUGAAUACCAUUAAGACCCUGACAUUUAUUAUCAAAUUGUCUAUGUGUGCUUGUCCAGAUGACUUCUAGCUGACGACUGCACACCCCCGCCAUACACACGUUCCUCCACUUCUGUGUGAGUUUACAUGUAUGUAGUAUACUAACUCCCUUCAACUCACGACAUAUUCUACUUGGUUGGUGCUUGGGAAUCCUAGUUGUAAAAACAUUAUGCUCAAAUACUUGGGUUCGAGUUCUUAAAUGGGUAACUCGUGAACAGCCCCCUUUUGGGUGUCCCCUGCUGACGACGGCGUGUACACAUAACCACCCACUACAAUGUCGAGGUGAGGAUCAUAUGUUUGUACAAUAUUAAUUAGCAGGGUUAUAAACAGCGGUCAGACACGCGCACAUCGCUUUUUGUAGCUUGAUUGAGUUCUUAUUGCACAGCGCAAAAGAGAAUACUUGGGCAUUAAAGAUCACUGAAUUUA